ACUACUUACUACUGAAUCCGUGAGUCGUUCUACACGUUUAUGGUCGAUGGAUGGCCACCACCGUGUUGGUCGUGAAAAAAUAGAGUGCUGAACAUUGUACGAUUUUUAACAUUGUAUAUUAUUAUGUUUUUGAAACAAGCACAUAACACGAACAACCAAUGAAGCAUUCAUUAUUAUAAAAAAUCGUACAGAUAGAGCUAUUCAGCUGGCAGUGCGUUUCUGCGCAUACAACUAUACCUAUUAUUAUAUAGGUCAGUGGCUGGAUCUGAUAGAUUUUUUACGAAAAGGUAAACCACUCAUGCAGGACUAAUUACAAUUAGCAGAUAACAAUUAUAUUUAGAAUGGAACCAUCAUGUUCACAUUCCAAGUGUGACUUGUACGAGAGAAAAAAAAUCUCAUAUGAAAAUGUUGAGACUGACUGUGACAACAGGCUUGCUGAGAAGUCGGGCGAUUCAUGUAAUGUUAGGCAAAAAAUUGAUGAUCUUGAACGUGAAGAUUUUGAGGAGGAAAAUAGAAUGCUAAAGCAUUGUUCGAGUAUGAUAGUUGAUGGGGAAAUAAAUGCAGGAGCACGUUACUCUGGUAACUUAUCGAGUGCCAAUUCAAGUCUUGCGUCUAGUUCAGAGACUAUAUCAACACUCUCAAAUAUGAUAACAAAUGACUUUAGCUUACCGGGUUGCAGCAAAACUGAUGAUUGUGAAGGUAGUAAUGCCACAAUAAAAAACAUGAUAUACUCCCGAACUCCACUUUACUCAAUUGUAGAGCCACCCCCCAAGAAAGUAGAUUUUAUGCAAAAACUGUUGAGUAGUAAUUUACAAGAAAAGAAAGACUUUCCCAAGGGGAAGUUGUAUAAAGGUGAUCUGAUGGAACAUUCAGGGGAUUCUGAUAUAUGUGAAGGUAGUGGACAAUCAGGUCGGUCAAGUUCGAAUGCUUCUAGUUCUAGUUCAGAUAGUAAAGAGUUCACUGUUCCUUCAACAUCAAAUGCUGAGAAGUUAUUAGGAUUGGAUGACAGCAGCAAGAGGAAUGGAAGUGGCAGCUCCAAGUCAUCUAGCUACCAAUAUUGCGACGGCGAUGACGACUCGGAUGACGAUGUCAACGAAGAGUCGUGGUGCACGUGUCUUUCAUCGCAUGAGGACGAUGACGAGGAAGACGAACCGGAGCCGGAUGAAAGACUUUGGAGAAAAAGACGCUACGAGCCGCCUCGGCCGCAAUCAGCGAAGAAAUUCUGUCCAGAUGGAAGCGUCGUCGUCGGACCGGGAUCAGAAUGGCCGAACAUACACGCCAAUAUUGCACUUCAAAGUAACAAUGUUCAGGGACCUCCUGAACUAAAGCAAUGGCUCAACAGAUUUCAAUCAUGGUCUAACGGCGAGAAGAUCCAAGCAAUCGACGCUCUGAUAAACCGCUGUGCCGCGAGUCACGUUCGCUACAUGAUGAAGGCUAUCGAGCCUCUCUUCCAGAGGGACUUCAUAUCUCUCCUGCCCAAGGAACUGGCUCUUACCGUUCUUGGAUAUUUGCAGCCGAAAGAUUUAUUGCGCGCUGCACAGACUUGUCGGUAUUGGAGGUUCCUGGCUGAUGAUAAUCUGCUAUGGAAGGAGCAGUGCCGUCGCAUAGGUCUCACUACCCUCAAAAAGAUGCCCAGGUCAUUACCACGAUGUGUCAGUCCCUGGAAGGCAGCCUACAUGCGCCAAUCGCUGAUUCAGGACAAUUGGCUACACAAGCCGGUGAACAAUCCAAUUGUGAUGCGUGGUCAUGACGAGCAUGUUAUAACGUGCCUACAGUUCUACGGGAACCGAAUCUUGAGCGGAAGUGACGAUACCACACUGAAAGUCUGGUCAGCCAUUACUGGGAAGUGUCUACGCACGCUCGUGGGUCACUCUGGUGGCGUGUGGUCAUCGCAGAUGGUAGGCGAUCUCGUCAUAAGCGGCUCGACCGACCGGACCCUGCGUGUAUGGAACGCUAAAACCGGACAGUGCCUUAAAGUUCUAGCUGGUCACACAUCUACCGUCCGUUGCAUGCAUUUGCAUCAGAAAAGGGUUGUAUCCGGUUCCCGUGACGCAACGCUUCGUGUCUGGUCGAUUCCCGACGGUCGCUGUCUCCGCGUUUUGGUCGGUCACCUAGCGGCAGUCCGGUGUGUUCAAUACGACGGCAAGAUGGUAGUUUCCGGUGCAUAUGAUUACUUCGUCAAAGUCUGGAACCCAGAGACUGGAGAGUGCCUUCAUACGCUCGCGGGGCACACAAACAGGGUAUAUAGCUUACAAUUUGAUGGUGUGCACGUUGUUAGUGGAUCUCUGGACACAUCGAUUCGUGUCUGGGACGUUGAGUCUGGACAGUUGAAACACACCCUCACAGGUCACCAGUCCCUCACCUCUGGAAUGGAGCUGCACUCUAAUAUACUGGUAUCCGGCAACGCUGAUUCCACUGUCAAAGUAUGGGAUAUCACAACUGGCCAUUGCUUACACACAUUGUCAGGUCCUAAUAAACAUCAAUCGGCUGUGACAUGCCUUCAAUCGAGUAACCGCUUUGUGAUCACAUCUUCCGACGACGGUACCGUCAAAUUGUGGGACGUGCGCACUGGUGAAUUUAUUCGGAAUCUCGUCGAACUCAGUUCCGGAGGUUCUGGAGGCGUCGUCUGGCGUAUACGAGCUUCCGCGACCAAGCUCAUUUGUGCCGUCGGCUCGCGUAAUGGUACUGAAGAGACGAAGCUCCUAGUGCUUGAUUUCGACGUACCCGGCGCUUGUAGGAAAUGUGAUGAAUAGCAUCGACUCAACCGGCGCAUUGUGCGCCGAUAUGCCAACAUGUACGCCCCGUGGAACUGCUAGGAAAUGAGGAAGGUCACUAGCCUCAUCCGCUAUGAAUGACGAAUCAGUUUGGACAUGUAUUAGGGUAGCAAGCGAAAAGUAAUAUUUUGCUGAAGUGAGCACCAGUAUUGCACAACACUGCUUUUCAAGGUCAUAUUUCAUAAUAAUUACUCAUGCAUUGAACAUAUAUCUUCAUCGUCAUUUUUAGCGGUAUAAGACAAUUGAUUAAAUAUUCCAACUCAUUAAUUCCUUUACUUUAUUAUGGAACGGAAUGAAUAUUUGAUCUCAUUCAAUGAGUUUGAGCAGACCAGAAGCGUACAGACGGCAUCGUCAAGUGGAUUGUGAAACUAAUAAUACAAAGUUUACCCACCGGGCUUGACAUGGGAAGAGUUGAAGGACCGUAUUCAUAUUCACAGUGUACUCUGAUUACCUUUACAUUCAAUACCAAUAAAGUACCAUCCAUAAUUACAUCGUAGUUCUAACAGAUAGUUAUUACGAUUUUUUCUCAAUGGCAUAUAGCAUAGUCCACUAUAUCAUACUAAUCACACAGAUUUUGGUCUACGCUUGCCUGUUAACCCCAUUGUAACUGGUGGCGCUGUACAAUCUCACAUUGCCAAGUUUCUGUUACAUUGUUAUUUGCUUCAUUAUCCCAAAGAGUUAUGAGGUUAUCGGAUCUUAGUUUUAGUUUACGUUAAAAUGAUUUUAUAAUUUGACUCCUUAUUUAAGUAGGUAUGUUUUCGUUCAAUAUAAUUGUAAUAAUUCUUUUACUAUUUAGUUGGAAUUUAAUGGAAUGUUAUUUGUUUAUACUGGCGUGAUUGACAUCUUUUAUUAUAAUUUAAAUUUUGUUCAGAUGGAAAUGUCAAUUUAUACUCUACUGUAAUAAAAUAUAAAUUCAACCAUACACAUGAAAAAUAAAGAGAUGAAAAUAUUUUUUAUUUUUUGACAAAUUAGUGAAGAGUGUUUACAACAGAAUUGACACAAAUGUCAAAAUAGACAUUAAUAAAUAAGAAUUUAAUUUAAAGGGUACUCGCAUGGAAGGCUUUUGAAUGUCAUGAAAUUACAGAGCAAUCGGACAAACUUUACCCAUCGGAAAUAUUCGUAGUUGUAAUUAUUUUGUUUUAUAGAGAACUAAUUUACUUAUUAGUUGAAAACCAAUUGAUCGAUAAUGUGUCAAGUGAAAUUAUCUGUUUGUCUUUGACAAUUUGUAACAUAUACUUCGUCACUUAGAUAAUAAUUAAAUAACUCCUAAUCUAAACAAAUACUCAUUAACUAAGUAUAAUUAAUGCAUUUGUUGUAAAAAGUUUUAUAAUACGACAGUAACAGCAGUAAUAACUGUAUCAUACCAUACAUUUUGGUUAUUGAGUUGUUGUUUUGCAAGUAUUUCAUCUCUUACAGUAUUUAAAUGUAUAUUUUUAAUUGUUUAAUUGAUUUACCUUGAUGGGCAAAGUAUAACCUAUGAAACAUAUCAAUUGUAUACGAAUAUUUCCAAUAUGUAAGGAUUUCAUCAGAUCUGUAUUAAAACUAUAUUUUUUUAAAUUUAAUAUUUAUUAGGGAUUCCCCUAUAAAGUAUUGAAACAUUUAUUUCACGCCAGUUUUUUUUUUCUGUAAUAUUAAUAAUUUGAUUAAAAUUUUAUUAUCUAAUUUUGAAUGAUAUAAUUAAUUUUGUUUAGUUAAUUUAUUGAAAGACAAGCGCCACGAGAUACCGGAUCAAAUGUGUUACUUGCAAUAUAAAUUUAAUCUAAUACAAUAAUAUUAAUUCUAUGAUAAUAAUAUUAAUUAAAUCAUUUUAUAAUAAUUGUUUUGAAUAUAAUACAUUUUUUUUUGAAAAUAUAAUCAUAUAAUCCAAUGUAUAAUCAAUGGCCAGGAAUUUUAUCAUUUAACAAUUUGAAAUAUAGUCGCAUAAGAUAAUUGUAUGUCUAUAAUGUAUUGAAGUAUAUCAGACUUAUUGUAACACCAAAUUAAAACAAUAAUCGAUUUGAUGUUAGAAUUUGCAUAAUCAUUAUCAAGUCAAUCUGAUCUUUGUAUGUCUGCAGGGAAACCAACAUUGCCACUCUCUCAUGCUAUAUUUUACAACUACAGACGCACCCUCGGUGUGUUUGACAUUUUUAGUCUGAUUUGAGUGUAAUGAGUGCGUGAGGUUGUGUUGGUUAGACUUGCUCUAGAUUUUAAGAGGUAACAUUUGUUGUGUAUAUAUAUAUAUUAAAUAAUAUAAACGGUGGAUCGGUGGGCAGUCUCGAGCGCCACCUUGGUACGGUCUCCGACAUUUCGACGGCUACUACCGGAAGCGGACUCCGCGUUAUCUAUUGCUGAUUAAAUAAUUAAACGAAGACUGAAGAAUAGGUAUAGUUUAAUAAUUAUAGUAUUUAAUAACGUCAGUGGAAAGUUAAAAAGGUUAAGACCAAGGUGGCGCUUUGACAUUUUAUCUUUCCACGGGCGGGCGUAGUUAUUCCGUUGCGAGCGUACUUUUUUCCCACCACUGCACUGAGCUUUGAGAUCCGUUUCCAGCGGACUUUCUCCAAUUUUUAUUUGUACUCGACUGCAGUACACCUUUGAGAUUUUGUUAUGAAGACUUAAUCUUAUACAUUUGUUAAAUUAUCUCCUGUAUUUAAAAAAAACCCGUUGAAAUUUUAUUUCAAUAUUUAUUUAUAUACUUAAAAACUAGUGAUGUUGCUCUUAAAUUAUACUCAUAGAAGACGUUUGAUAGGUACUUGUGUAUUGUCAACGUUGUGUCUGAGUCAAUUACAGUGAAAUUGUUAAUACGCGCAGUCGGGUGUUAUUUUUUAUAAUGUCUUCUUGUUUAUUGUCACUAGUUACUAAAAGCGAUGCGUUUACGCCAUCAAUUUACUAUGUAAUUUAGUAUUUAGACUUAAUGUAAUAAUUUCCUUGCUUGCCUAAGUGGCGCCUAGGAAUGAGAGGGUGGAGGUAGCCACAAUCGUACUAUGCGGUUACACAACCACCCGAAUAAUCAAUUUACUCAUUGUUUAUGUAUAUAAAUAAUUAAAUAAUACGUUGAUAAUCAACGAAAUAUCAUCGAUAUAGUUAUAUCGAUUUUUUAAUCGAUUAUCAAUAACGUGGCUCAAUAAUCGAUUUUAUCAGCCGAAAAACUCUCAUGUCUAGGCCCACACCGUACAUAUUAUGUAACGAUCGGUUCUAGUUUAGAAAAUUGGAUGAUGAAUUUGAAACAAAUUAAAUCAAGUUGGUUCAACAAUAAGUUCGAGUUUUAUUUUUUCGUUUAUUCGAACACUUACUGAUAUUAUUGAGGCGCAAGAAAAAUUCGAUUCUAUGUAAUUUUUAUAUCCUGUUUCUCUUAUUUUGCUUUUAUUGUACUAUCAUUUUUAAUAAAAUCAGUUGUUUUCAAGUUA